AGCUGUGGGGCCGAAGAAGGCGGGAUCGGAGAUGACCUCCACCAUGGCCUGGUCCCCGCUCCUCCUCAGCCUCCUCGCUCACUGCACAGGGUCCUGGGCCCAGUCUGUGCUGACUCAGCCGCCCUCUGUGUCUGGAGCACUGGGCCAGAAGGUCACCAUCUCCUGCACUGGAAGCAGCUCCAACAUGGGGUAUGUGAGCUGGUACCAACAGCUCCCAGGAAAAGCCCCCAGAACCAUCAUCUAUGGUAAUAGCAACCGACCCUCAGGGGUCCCGGAUCGAUUCUCUGGCUCCAAGUCUGGCAGCUCAGCCACCCUGACCAUCACUGGGCUCCAGGCGGAGGACGAGGCUGAAUAUUACUGUGCAUCGGGGGACAGCAGUCUCAGUGCUCACACAGUGCUCCCGGCCUGUGGGGAAGUGAGACAAAAACCUGCUGUCCCUCAUCAACAUGUCUCCCUGUGCAGCUCCCCCUCCUUGGCCAAGUCAGCUCCUUCCUUUGUUUGGUCUAAACGGGACCCAAAUAUCCCACGGUUCCUGCACCUGCUAAGACAUGACCUUCUUGAGUCACCUGGUAAAGCUGCUGGAAACUCUGUGAGCAGGUGGCCGGCUGAUACUUCCAAGCGGCUUUAUUGUCUCAAUAAAGUCAAUGUUAGUUCCUUAGAGCUGCCUGGCUCCCUGACCAUCGCUGGGCUUCAGGCUGAGGACGAGGCUGAUUACUCCUGCCCACCCUAUGACAGCGGACUCCAUGCUCACACCGUGCUCCCGGGCUGUGCAGAAGCAACACAAACGUGCUGUCCCCAGAGCGACGGGUUCCCCGUGCAGCCCUAUUUCCUGGCCAUGCCGACUGCUUGCUUCCUUUCUUUGAUUCUGUCAUUUUCUCAAAUUGAGCAAAAAUGUCUGGGUAUCAUGGCAGGAACGCCGGUGGACAGAGUCCAUCAUGAGGUGGGAAAGAACCGGCAAAACACAGUCUAG